UUUCUCUCCAAACUCCAGGUGGCUGAACGAGCAGAAGCUCUGGGCUCAGGGCUGCUGCAGCAGGGCUGCAAGCCAUGCACGAAGCAGUUCAUUGGGGUCUUUGCUCAAAACCGUCCAGAGUGGAUCAUUUCUGAGCUGGCGUGCUACACCUACUCCAUGGUGGUGGUUCCCCUCUAUGACACCUUGGGUCCUGGAGCCAUUCGUUACAUCAUCAACACAGCUGACAUUUCCACGGUCAUCUGUGACAAACCCGAAAAAGCCAGAGUACUCCUGGACCACGUGGAGAGGAGGGAAACGCCAGGUCUGAGCUCCAUCAUCCUGAUGGACCCGUUCGAGAAGGAGCUGACGGAGAGAGGGCGGUGCUGCGGGGUUCGCAUCCAGACCAUGCAGGAGGUGGAGGACUGCGGCCAUGAGAAUCGCCACGUGCCUGUGCCUCCUCGGCCAGAAGAUCUGUCCAUUGUCUGUUUUACUAGUGGCACUACAGGAAACCCCAAAGGCGCGAUGCUGACCCAUGGGAAUGUGGUUGCUGACUUUUCAGGCUUUUUGAAAGUGACGGAGAAAGUGAUCUUUCCGAGACAGGACGAUGUGCUCAUCUCCUUCCUGCCUCUGGCUCACAUGUUUGAAAGAGUUAUACAGUCUGUAGUGUACUGCCACGGGGGGCGGAUCGGGUUCUUUCAAGGAGACAUCCGUCUCUUAUCGGACGAUAUGAAAGCGUUGCGCCCAACCAUCUUCCCCGUCGUGCCGCGGCUGUUAAACAGGAUGUACGAUAAGAUCUUCAGCCAGGCGGACACAUCCCUCAAGCGCUGGUUGCUGGAAUUCGCCGCCAAACGGAAAAAAGCAGAAGUUCGGAAUGGGAUCAUUAGGAACGACAGCUUGUGGGAUAAACUCUUCUUUAAUAAAAUACAGGCCAGCCUGGGUGGGUGCGUUCGCAUGAUAGUCACCGGCGCUGCCCCCGCGUCUCCGACCGUCCUGGGCUUCCUCCGCGCGGCUCUCGGAUGCCAGGUUUACGAAGGGUAUGGCCAAACAGAAUGCACAGCUGGAUGCACCUUUACCACCCCCGGUGACUGGACAUCAGGUCACGUAGGAGCUCCUUUGCCUUGUAACUUAAUCAGAUUGAAGGAUGUGGAAGAGUUGAAUUAUUUUGCUUCCAAAGGAGAAGGAGAGAUUUGUGUGAAAGGACCAAAUGUUUUCAAAGGUUAUCUGAAAGAUGAAGAGAAGACCACGGAAGCGCUGGACCCAGAGGGCUGGCUGCACACUGGAGACAUUGGGAAAUGGUUACCUAAUGGGACUCUUAAAAUUAUUGAUCGGAAAAAGCACAUAUUUAAACUUGCUCAGGGAGAAUAUAUUGCACCGGAGAAGAUAGAGAAUAUCUAUAUCCGCAGUGACCCCGUCGCCCAGACCUAUGUCCAUGGAGACAGCCUGCAGGCCUUCCUGGUGGGAAUUGUGGUGCCCGACUCCGAAGUUAUGCCAGGCUGGGCGAAGAAAAGAGGCUUUGAAGGAACAUAUGCAGAACUCUGUAAAAAUAAGGCUCUGCAGCAGGCGAUACUGGAAGACAUGGUACGGUUGGGGAAGGAGAGCGGGCUACAUUCCUUCGAGCAGGUCAAAGCCAUUUACAUUCACUCCGAUAUGUUCUCAGUACAAAACGGUUUGCUGACACCAACAUUAAAGGCUAAGAGACCAGAACUAAGAGAUUACUUCAAAAAACAAAUAGAAGAGCUAUAUUCAAGCAUCUCCAUCUGA